GGAAAGCACAGGUGGAAAGUGUAGUACGACUGCCGUCUAAUAAACGUAGAAAAACGAGAAUUGUAUUUAUUUUUUUAAACAUUUUAAACGUAUUGUAUUUCUUCUUCAUUUGCUACAGGGUAUCAUAACAUUUUACAAGUAUGAAUACUGCGAGUUCCGUAUUUUCCAACCCUGAAAACUUACCGGUGGAUAAAGUAACAAUAUCUGUAUCGGAUUCUGGCGUAGUUCAAAAAAUCAAAGCGUUGGAUCCAUAUUGGUUACAAAAAAGAGAUUUAAUAUUGUAUGAAAAACCUCCCACUGGCAGUGGUCUAGUUAUAGGAGCAGUUGAUGCAUGGAGGUCAAAAAUGGCAAUAUAUUUAGAAAAUUUAAAAUGGCUCCUGAGCUUAGAACAUCAUAAAUUCUGGAGUACAGUGCUCUACCACCCUCAGUGUAUGGACUCGUUAAUAUCGUUCCUACAAGAGGCUAGCCCUCCGUACAUACCUCCACAUGAGUGUAAAGAGGUACAGAGCUUGUAUGAAGAUAUACGGAGGCUUGUGUUUGUGGUGUUUAGCAGACUGGUUACUAAUAAGGAAAGUAAGACACAUUGGAUGACAAAGGAGCACAUGGCUAGUUUAAUAUACGACAACUUUGUAUUCACAAUACCGGUGCUAUGGGAUAUCUGUCUAACGUACGGUUCAGAUAAUAAUAGACAUGUAGCGAGAUUAAUAGAAUCAGUGUAUAUGCUACAGCCGAGAUAUGAGGCUGAUACUGCACAAGCUUUAGUAUUUGUACAUGAGGCAUUUAAAUACAUAAUCCUACAAGUAAACAAAGAUUAUGAGAACGAAGAUCCGCCGAACCUACCAGAAACAUUUCAAAUUAGUGAUAUCAAGAGACCUCCCAGUUCCAAGGGUGUGGAGAAGCUGACAUUCUCCAUGCUCCAGGAUCUGGUGGUCCACCUGCUUGAUACAGCCAUGACGUUAAGGAUAUUCGUGGAAGUUUAUCCGAAAAGCGCACAUAUUGUCCGCACUACUAAUUUUGUUUUAAGUAUAGUCCAAGUCUACGAGCACGGUAUUCCGCAACUUUACGAGAAGUUGGAGGAAGUCGGGGAUCCAACUAGUGUUAAAUAUACAGAAGUGGAGGGCUGGAUAGACCUUAUCCGGUCGGAACUUAUAGAUGUGUUCCGAGAAAUAUUAGCUGUGUAUAAAAACGCUAUAUUUAGUGGCGAAGGCAACAUUUUAAACCAUGUGGAAGCGUACCUUUCAGUGAUGAUGGACGCACUAACAGAAAAAUUACUUAUAAAAGAUUACCACUUGUGCCAUCCUGUUAACGACGAUAUAGAUAUGUUGAGACAGGCAUACCCGGAGAUUGACUCAGUAAAAACAGACUUCAUUCUACAAGCAAUUUAUUCUAAUUUGGACGAACCGAUACCAGAACAAUCAGACCAUAGACAAACGAAUCACACAAACAUGAACGGCCAUGUUGAAAGCAUAGACAAUAGAGCGGGGCCGUCCACAGAUAAUGAAUUACCGAAGAAUAUUCGAGAACAGUCGUUAAUUAGUGAAGUUAAGGAUAUAUUGCCGCAUUUAGGAGAUGGUUUUGUAUUAAAGUGUUUGGAAUAUUAUGAUUUCCAAGUGGACAGGGUUGUUAAUAGCAUAUUGGAAGAUACGUUGGCGGAUUCUUUAAGGAAACUAGACAGAGACCUGCCCAUCAUACCAGAAGACCCAGUAGACCGGAAAUUCCUGGAGACCGGAGUGGAAAGGCUGAACGUCUUUGAUGGAGACCAGUUCGACAUCAUGACGAGAGACGAUGUGGACUUGACCAAGAUUCAUGUCGGCAAGAAGAAGUCGAAAUAUAAGGAUCUGAAGGAUAUGCUUAAUGAUAAGACGGAGAUAAAGAAUAGAAUUGAUAUUUAUAGUAAAUAUAAUCUGGUGUGCGAUGAAGAAGCGUUAUAUUCAGAUGAAUACGACGACACAUACGAUUCGGAUGGAGUCGCUCCAGCCACGGAUAUGGCGGAGGAUCCCAGACGACCGUUUGUUACCCCACGAGCGUUGCUUAAUAGUAGGAAAAAUGAUGAGGCAUCUGAAGAAUCGGAGAGUGAAGAAGACGCAACAAUUUCAAGCCAAGAGAAGAGCGAAAGAGAUAGAAGGAACUUCUGCGUCAAUCCGGAGGAGGUGCGAGCGAGACGGGAAGCCAAUAUGGCGGCUAGGGGACGGAAACAUAAACCGACAGCGCCACCUAGGACCACUGACGUCAUCGGCGCGCCAAAAGGCCAGGGCCAGAACAAGGAUGUACUGCACAACAGGAACAGGAAGGAACAGCACAAGUCGUCCCGCGCGAACCACAACCGCCGCCAGGGGGCGCAGUGGAAGAGGAGCCAGGGGAUGAUGCCUUCAUAGGGGAUGUUAUUAUGAUAAUAAUCAUCAUCAUUACUAAUAAAUUAAAAAUUGGCAUCGUAAGAUAUGUCAUAACCAUCAUAAUCAUCUAAAACAUCAUCAUCAUUGUCAUAUCACCAACAUUAUUAUCAUAGUCCCAAUAAUAGCCAUUAUCAAUCGCAUUAUUAUUAUCAUCAUCACUGUUAUCAUAAUAACCAUCAUUACCAUUAUUCAUCAUCGAGAUCAUUAUUAUCAUUAGUCAUUACCAUCAAUACGAACAUAGUCAUAAUCAUCAUCAACUUCACCGCCACCAACUUCAUCAUCCUCAUCCUCAUUCAUCCUUAUCACAUACAUGAUCAAGAA